ACAAUCGAUAGUUGGAUUCGAUGUUUUAUUUUAUGUUCAACAUGGUUCGAAUUUAAAUGCCUGAUUUUGAAUUUGAAUUUUUUCUUUUUUUCGGUAAAAUCAUGAAACUUGUACGUUUGGAAAUGUUAUUGGAAUCAAUUGAUGGUUUUGAUAAUCCAAAAAUACAGCUUGAACAAUAUGAAACUGGACAUCAUAUUGGUGCACGUAUGUUAUUCACAAUGAAUUCAUAUGAUGAUAUUGAAGAUAAAAUGAUUCUGGAUUUGGGUACUGGUUGUGGUCGUCUUGGAUUAUCUUGUGCUUGUCUUGAUGCAGCAUUUGUCCUUGGUGUUGAUAUUGAUCCAGAUGCACUAGAAAAAUGUUCCGCCAAUCGUCAUUGUUUGAAAGAAGAUGAAGAGCCAAAUUUUUUAAAUAAUUUCGAUAUUUUGUGUGCUGAUAUUUGUGAUAAUUCAAUAUGGUCACAAUUUUCGAACACAAAAUUAUUCGAUGUUGUUGUUAUGAAUCCACCAUUUGGUACAAAAAAUAACAAAGGUAUUGAUAUGAUAUUUUUACGUCGAGCACUGGAAUUAUCCACCGGAUCGGUAUAUAGUUUACAUAAAACAUCAACACGUGAUCAUGUUCUGCGAAAAGCUAAAGAUUUUGGUGCUCAUGGUGAAGUUUUAGCCAAAUUACGUUAUGAUCUACCACGUACAUAUAGAUUUCAUCAAAAACAAUCAAAAGAUAUUGAAGUUGAUUUUUUUCGUUUUGAACCAAAUUUAUAAUUCAUCAUCAUUGUACAUAAACUGCCAAAUCAAAUUUUUU